AUGUCUCCCUCAUUCGCAACCAUUUUCUGCGCUAUCCUCCCCCUCUUCAGCAUUGCCAAUGCUCACAUGAAGAUGACCGACCCCGCACCAAUCCGUCUGCCAGAGAACCAGUUUGCUGUCACCAAAGACUACGACUACACCUCCCCUCUUUCCGACUCCGGCUCCGACUACCCUUGCAAGGGCUACGCCUCUCUCCUCGACACUGCCGAGGGUGGUUCUGUCGCUACCUAUGCUGCUGGAUCCUCGCAAUCAGUGUCUAUUGCCGGUGGUGCUAACCACAAUGGUGGAUCUUGCCAGCUCUCAAUCUCUGAGGACGGUGGUUCAACUUUCAAGGUCAUUCAAUCUUACAUCGGAAACUGCCCUGUUUCGGGGACAUCUUCACUCUCAUACACUCUCCCUGCGGAGACCAAGAGUGGAAAGGUCCUCUUGGCUUGGAGUUGGUUCAACAAGACUGGUAACAGGGAGAUGUACAUGAACUGCGCCGCUGUCACUGUCACUGGUGGUGGAUCUGGUCUCUCGGCCUACCCAGAUAUCUUCACUGCCAACAUCGGAAACGGAUGCACAACCGUCGAGGGAACCGACGUGGAGUUCCCCAACCCAGGCUCUGCUAUUACAACUGGCUCCGGCGCGAACCCGGGCGCUCCUGUCGGUUCUUGCGGUAGCUCUGGCUCCGGCUCUGGCUCUGGCUCUGGCUCUGGAUCUGGAUCAUCAGUUGCCGCUACUCCAACUGCCGCUACUUCCGCCGCCGCCGCUACUUCCGCCGCCGCUACCUCAACUGUCCAGCUUUCUUCAGGCUACCCCAGUGCUCCUGGCAAGACCAAGACCGCUUCCGUCCCUGAGGCCUCUCCUUCCGACACCACCGGCGAGGAGGGUGUCAUUGGCAACACCGAGUGCAAGAGGUCCGUCCGUUACACCCGCGCGCUCCCUGUCCAGGUUCCUUCCGGAUGCCAGUGCUCUUGCGAGAACAACAGGCCCGUCCCGGUCUGCUCUUCUUAA